CGACUGUUUUGGAUAGUUGUCUACUUCGCGUAAAUUGCCGAAUUUUCGGUCAAAGAAUUGUAGAAUGUAUGUUAUCUAAAAAAUAUGGUAAGGCAAUGAACAAUGGUGUAAAAUAUAUGUGUUAUUGGAACAGUUUCCUUGAAUAGUGCUCGAUAUUAUGCCAGUUCAGCCAUUUACAUGAAAGAUUAACAAAUUUGAAGACUUUAAAGAAGCGGUCGUGGCGACGCGAGGCGGCCCGUCGUCGAAGCGAGCGAGUGAUACUCAAGAGAAUGGCCAACUUGCCGGGAUUAACCGAAAAUGUACUGUUGCAGCCGGAAAGUAGCUCGGACGCUGCGUCUAUCAACGACAGUGAUGUCGAAGAGUUACCUAGAGUUCCAGUUACGGAGGUGAACGGAGAUGGUCUGGUCGAGCACAUGGCAAAAGACGACUUAUUGGAUGAUAGCGACUCAUCAAGUUCACAGAAAGACAUAAGAAGCUCUCAGGAUGACAAGAACAAAGAUGAAUCCGACAAUGAUGAUGUCAAGUCAAAACGCCGCAAAGCAAACACGAUAUCUUCUGACUCCGAGGCGGGAUCGUCGAGGAAGAAGGAACAAAAAACCAGCGACUUUGAGGAGUCCGAUGAAGAAAACUCGGAACCAGCUAAAAAUAAAAAGAGGAAGAAGUUGCCAAUGCCGAGUGAUAGUGAUUACUCUGACUCCUCAUCUACUAAAGAAAAAAAGAAGAGGCGUCGCAUCAAAGUCGUAGAGGAGAGUGAUGGCUCAGGUUCGGAUACAGAAAACGAAGGCAAAAAUAAACAUGGCAGAAAGAAUAUUCGUAAAGUAAUGGGUAAAAACCAACUCGAAGAAGCAACGAAAAGAGCUGCUCGUGAAGAAAAGGAAAGGAUUGCUCGAAUCACAGAGCGACAAAAAUUGUACAAUAACUUACAAUUUGAUGAGUCGGGAAAGCCAGAUGAAGUGGUGCUGGACAAGGUUGUGCUUGACUUUGAUCCAGAAACCAAGGAGCCACUCAUUGAGGUUGAUAAGGGUUUGGUCAAAAAAUUGAAACCACAUCAGGCAAACGGAAUAAAAUUCAUGUGGGACGCAUGUUUCGAGAGUGUGAAACGUAUCAAGAAGGACAAGGGUUCUGGUUGUAUACUAGCGCAUUGCAUGGGUCUCGGCAAAACAUUGCAGGUGGUGUCACUCACCCACACGCUGCUGAUCCACAGCGAGUUGACAAGCGUGAACCGAGUGCUGGUCGUGUGUCCGUUGUCAACUGUACUCAACUGGGUGAACGAGUUCAAGAUAUGGCUCAAACAUGCUGAUAACGACUUUGAAGUGGAUGUCUAUGAGCUAUCCAGGUAUAAGCAGAACAAAGAGCGCGCGUCCCAGUUGCAACAAUGGUUCCAAAAUGGCGGCGUGUGCGUGCUCGGAUAUGAAAUGUUCCGGAACCUCUCCGCUGAAAACUCAAAGAAGUAUAAGAAAAAAAUGCUUAAGAACUUUCAGGAGAGCUUGGUUGAUCCAGGCCCUGACUUAGUGGUGUGCGAUGAGGGACAUUUACUGAAGAAUGAAAAGACAAGCUUAUCUCAGGCGAUGAACAGAGUGUUGACAAGACGGCGAAUUGUGCUCACGGGAACUCCCUUACAGAAUAAUCUCAAAGAAUAUUACUGCAUGGUGCAAUUCGUGAAACCGAACCUUCUGGGGAAGUAUAAUGAGUACUUGAAUAGAUUUGUCAACCCAAUAACCAAUGGACAGUAUACUGACUCAACUGAACAUGACAUUAGGGUUAUGAAGAGGAGGUCUCAUGUCUUACAUAAGAUGUUGGAUGGAGCUGUACAGAGGCGAGACUAUGGUGUGUUGGCACCAUUUUUACCGCCAAAACACGAGUAUGUACUGUUCAUCACACUCACCGAAGUGCAAAUCAAAUUAUACCAGUUCUAUUUAGAAAAUUAUUCAAGAAGGCCACUGGCUGGAAAAUCUUCAGGAUUCCUGUUCCCAGACUUUCAGUCACUGCAACGGAUAUGGACACAUCCAUUAGUGCUCAAAUAUAAUUCAGACAGAUAUGAAAUCAUGCAGCAGAAAAAGAGGGAUAAGGAGGAAGAAGAUUACGAUUCCGAGGGUUCUUUAGUGAACUUUAUUGAUGAUAAUUCAACAACAGAGGAAUCAACAACAGAAGAAUCAAGUGAUGAUAUGUCAGAUAUAAGUGAUGACAGCCGAAAGAAAAGUAAAAAGAAAAAGUCUAAGAAGAAGGGCAAGGAUAAAGCUUACACACCGAGAGGGACUCGCGCUAAUCCUGUGGAGCAUGAAGAAAUUGAUCAAGAGGUCGUAGAGGUGAAAAAUGAUAAUCCAACAGAAUGGUGGAUGCCACUGGUUACCGAGCAAGAGAUUGAUGACAUGAGAAACUCACACAAACUCAUACUUCUGUUUGACAUCCUGAGGCAAUGUGAUGCUAUUGGUGAUAAGCUGUUGGUUUUCUCACAAUCCUUAUACUCGUUGGAUUUGAUUGAGCAUUUCCUUGGCAAAGUUGAUGAUGCCACACAGGAGGGCAGGGUCGACGAGAAGUUGGGUGGACACAUUGGUACAUGGUCACCUGGUGUAGACUACUUCAGGUUGGAUGGUUCGACUUCGUGCGAGAACAGAUCCAUCUGGUGCAAGAACUUCAACAGGGAGGAUAACCCAAGAGCGAGAUUGUUCUUAAUAUCGACGCGGGCUGGAGGCCUCGGUAUCAAUCUGGUGGCCGCCAAUCGCGUUGUAAUCUUUGACGUGUCGUGGAAUCCCUCGCAUGACGUGCAGAGCAUAUUCAGAGUGUACCGCUUCGGACAGAAGAAACCGUGCUAUGUUUACCGUUUCUUGGCUAUGGGCACAAUGGAGGAGAAGAUCUACGAGCGGCAGGUGACGAAGCAGGCGAUAUCGAAGCGCGUGAUCGACGAGCAGCAGAUCGACCGCCACUACGCCGAGAACGACCUGGCGGAACUGUACAAGUUCGAACCGGAGCCACCCCAGCCACGCCCCAUACCGCCGCUGCCCAAGGACCGACUCUUCGCCGAGAUGCUCAAAGACCAUGAACAACUCAUAUACAAAUACCACGAGCACGACUCACUUCUUGAGAACAAAGAGGAAGAGACUCUCACAGAGGAGGAGAGGAAGGCGGCCUGGGAUGACUUUGAAAACGAGAAGACGAGACCUCCGCCGGUGCCGUUCCCCUCGCCCUACGCCAUGCAUAAUGGAAUGAUGUCGAAUCUGUUAGCGCAACAACAACAGCAGAUGGCAUUCGGCACGCUGGCGGCCAUACUGCGGAAAGAGAUGCCCACCCUGACUGAGAGUCAGAUCAGGGACAUGUUGCCUGUCGUGUUCAACUCUAACCCAGCGAUGUUCGGUGGAUAUGACUAUGGUAUGAUGCAAAAGUUGAACGACAUCUACAAGUACGCUCCGCAGCCCGGCAUACUCAAUCCAGCCAUGAUGAAUUCCGUCAUGAAUCCAGCCACAGGCGGAAUGGGCGGAUCCAGCGGGCUGCAGUACGAGCCGCCGUGGCAGAGGCAGCAGCAACAACAACACCAGAUGCGCUUACAACAACUGAUGCAACAACAAAACCAGAUGGGUGCGAAGUUGUACGCUGGAGGGCUGGGGAGCCGCGACCCCAUCGCGAUGGCGCUGCAGCAGCAACGGGCGCGCGAGCUCAUGACGGGCGAACGGACCAGGCCGCGGGGUCGGCCGCCGCACUCGCGACUGGUCGCCGCGCCGCCUGACAUUGUCAACCUGGACUCCGACUAGACGGUCUGAAACAGAAGUGAUUUAAGUGUACAGUAAUGGAUAAUAAGGUGCUAUCCAACAGUGUGAAGAUGGCUGAUAUACCGGUGGCACUGAGCCAAAAUAGAUGUGAUUCAACUCAAUAUUUUCACCUGUAGGCUCGCAUACUAAAAUAACAUAUCAUGAAUCUCACCUUGAUGUUUGAAGACAACAGAUACGGUAUGUAAGUAAGACAAUGAUGGACUCAAAUAGGUUUUUAUGUUGAUGUAUUUAUGUUAUUUCAAAUGUGUACUUGUAGUACAUAGCAUUAUGCAGAUUCCUCGGGUCUUUGUUGCAAUAGUAAGAUAGUGACUUAUACGAAUAUCUUUAACGGUUAUUUUGUAUUCCAAUUAAAUGUGUCCGUAGUGAUGUGUGUGGCCUGGUGUGCCAUCGUUACGAUUAAACGGCCUUGUAUUGUGGAUAGCAUGCUUUGGUUUGUGUAUUCAAACAGUAGUUCAAGAAAAAUAAGAUCCAUCGGUAUUGUAUCAUUGAUGAUGUCCACAUGAAAGGAAAGACAAUGAAAGAAAGCGGAUGAUGGUAAAAGUGAAUGAUUUUCUGUGGCCGGGUCCAAGGAAGGAGAGUUAAAGAGAAGCGUGAACUAAUGCUUUCUAUUGACGGGUAUUCAUAUUUAUGUGAAGGCUUGAUAUAAUGGUAGCCUACCUACCACACAAUGGUUACUAAAAAUAUCAUAAAUUUUUAAUUAUAACCUUACAGUGUGCUCUAUUAAAAACAAAAUAAAUAGAAAAAAUAUUUUGGAUAACACAUAUAGUUUCCGAAAUAUUACGUUAGUCGCUGUUAGCGACCCCGAUGUGAAGUCACACAUUAUAUUUCACUACCGUCACUCAGUAUGGUGACUUAUAUGUUGUUUUAAUGUCAACACAGACAUUUCGCCCCUUAUGAAAAUGUAUCUAACUUUAAAUCAUGACAAUUAGUACAAAUACUCUAUACUUGGUGGCCACAGCCUCCAGUGGUGGCCCUUCCAAUAAAGCCACAAUAAAAAAGAAUUGAAUGUGAAAUCGAUAAACAUUGUAACCACAAAACUACUUCUCACUUGAUAUUAUUGAAACAAAAACGUGUGUAUUUCUGGAAGAAUAGGUCUUAGAUCAUAUAUUUGCCUAGAUAGACUGUGACAGCUGUGAAAACGUCGAAAAAAUUUAGAGCAAUGCAUGCAGUCACGCACACUAAAGUAAUAAACCUGGGCUGUUUUCAUCGGUUGUCUAGCAGCAGCAAGAGGCUCUAUCUAGACGUAUAAAUUCUCUAAGCCUAAGGUUUAGGUUAUACGCUAAUAAAGAAAUGAUUUGACGGAAUUAGUGAUUAUCUCAGUAUGUAUGUCUUGAUGAAGAACAAAAAUAUGUCUAUUACUGAUAAGAUUGCACUCCUAUACAAUUAACAAGUAUCUAUCGAAACUUACAACUCUAUUUCACACUAAAAGCACUGUAAAUUAAUUAACUUUUAUUGAAACUUUAUUUUUUGAACGGAGAUUAAUCUGCACACUCUCAUAAGAUCUCAUAGUUAAUAUUCGAUUGGAAUAAGUUUUAAAUGUUAAAAUAUACCAUACACAUUUCUAUUGCUGGUUCAAUUAUAAUGGUUUCCAAUACCGGCUUCACAUAUCAAGAUAACCUUUGAGAAUAUAUGUCGAGGCAUUUAAAUAUUCUUGUGCACAACUAUUAUGUGAAUAAAAUAAGAAUGAUGUACUGUAUGUAGGAAUAAUGUGAUUAUUUUGCUAUUUUAAUGAUACGACGUAAAAUUGUAAAUAAAUAGAGAUUCAUUUUAGUGGUUGCUUUUUAUUUUUAUUUUAAAAUUAGUUUAUCUUUUCAUAUGGUAAUUAAUCAGUUAGUUAUUUAGACGGUUAUAAUAUAUAUUAAUAGGAAUUUUAAUCGUAUUUAUUGUAUUGUAUGGAGCAGAACAGCUUGACAAUUGAAAUGUAUUAUCUAUUGGUACAGGAAACUAGUUUAUAAGCAAUUAUAUAAUAAUGGCAUGGUACUGUAGUGAAAUAUUAAAUAGUUAUCAUAAUAUGCCAUUCCUGAUAAUUAAUAACUCAAUUCAAAUAAUUCUAAGUUCAUGUGAAGUAGAAGUUUCUCUCUAACAUGAAUAUAAAAUUCAAAAUGAUUAUUACAUAGUACUUUUUAACCGACUUCAAAAAGGGGGAGGUUCUCAAUCCUAUUGGUAUUUUUUUUCAAUAUAUGUACACCGAUUAUUUUAAUCUGUGUACAGAUAUCCCGCGAGUUGAAUGCAGACUUCAGGAAUGCGAUAGUGCUGUGACCUUAUUAUAAAGUGAUGACCAUAAUCAUGAGUGUGUCGAUAAAUUUAAACAAAGCUUCAAGUUAACCAUUUUUACCUGAUAAUAACUUUUUUUUAUGAAAAUAAGGGACGAGACGAGUAGAACGUUCAGCUGAUGGUAAUUGAUACGCCCUGCCCAUUACAAUGCAGUGCCGCUCAGGAUUCUCGAAAAACCCAAAUAUUCCGUGCGGCACUAAAAUUGCGCACGUCACCCUGAGGCGUCAGUUGUUAAGUCUCAUUUGCACAGUAAUUUCAAUAGCUACGGCGCCUUUCAGACCGAAACACAAUAAUGUUUACACAUUACUGCUUCACGGCAGAAAUAGGCGCCGUUGUAGUACCCAUAGUUUAUGGGCUGGCAUCCUGUGCAAAGGAGCCUACUGGUAAAACUCGUUUGGAACGGCACCUGAUGGACUCGGAUCAGUUAUUAUUAAAAUAAAAAAAAAUUCAUCAAACACGGGAUCACAACUUUAGUAUUAACGCGAUUACACGGUAAGAGACCACUACGACACAGCACUACAGUGUAGGCCUCGACUGCAUUCAACUCGAAAACUGUGCCUACCUAUAAAUUAGCCUUUUUAAAUGUCGUUGUUUAUGUUUUGUACUUUGUUUUACGUAGCUAUAAUUAUUAGAAAGAACAUCUUGCUUACUAUCUAUAAUAUAUAUGAUUAACGCAGGUUUAGAGCGAGACGCAGGUAAAUAGCGGUUUGGCAACAUCGCAUCUUCGUAGAAUGCGAUGUUGCCAAACCGCUAUUACUACAACUAUGUUCGUACAUAUUUUCGAUCUUUUUGUCGUGGCUUCUUUAAUAAAAAUUGUACACACGUAAACUUCUGUGACUUUUUAAUACCUUUUUAUGAAAAUACACUGAUUUAUUAUAUUUUAACGAAUGACAUUUACAUUUUACUUACAUACCUAUUUCAAAAUACAAAAAUAAAUUAAUAGGCAGAUCGAAACAAAAUUGUUUUAUCAUUAAAUCAUCAUGAUUUAUCUCAGAAGUGAUGCGUCGUAUCCCUGAAUGCGCUGCCGGCAUUCACAUAGUUAUCGCCGACAAGCGUGCUCUGCCAAUAUAAAUCAUAAUAAAAUAUAGAAAUGCUUGCAACGCUCCGGAUAUUGAGGGUCUUGUGGAGCAAUAGCGUGUAAAAUGACAGCAGAUAAAUUAAGAGUCUAAUACUGAAAAAUAAUCGGCAUAUUAUAGUUUAACAAACGAAAACAGCAAUUUAGUUUAAAAAAAAACUGAUGACUGUAAUAUUUUGACUAGUUGUGGAAAACUUGCUGCAGUUAAAUAUACUUCCGUACGCCACAUUUAGGCUUUGAUUCACGCCCGCCCGGUCCGUUUGAUACUAAAUCACUACUUAUUUGCUGGUGGUCUAUAAGUCACCUGGGAGGCAACGUCACUUCAUAGAACCAUCUUAUUUAGAUUUCUGUGGAUAGGCCUUAUCUAAGCGAGAUGUCUAAAUGUUCAUACAAUAAAAGAAAUGGACAUAUAAACGAAAAUCUUCUGACAUCAAUAAAAUAUCAUGUAUCCGUUUUCUUGAUGUGUACCUACUAAGUAAUUUUUAUUGGAGUUUUAAGAACUUUAUUGGUCGGCACCAUGUCGUCAGGUCAUUCCAUAUUUAUUUGCCUAAGUAAAUUGGAAAGCAUAUUAUGAGAUUUUAAACAGAUUCUAUUGAACUUGUGAAAUUAAUUUAUUUGGCUGCCUCGUCCAUUUGUGUUGUGAUAUUUGUUUUUUUCUCACACAUUUUGUAUACGUUUUUUUCUGAUUGGUCACUAUUGUGGCUUAAUAUGUAAGAUCUAAUUAAUACAGGCUUUGGCUAUAUAACGUAGACUAUCUAUCUGCCUAUUUAGUUCUUGUAAGUAUACCAGUGUGAUGGUCUAUUUUAAUUGUUUAAUUUUAAUCAUAGCAUUCUGAAUGUUGUUAUUAUUAUAAUUUAGUUUGUUAGUUUCAUUACAUUAUAUAUAAUUUAUCAUUAUAGGUUUAUUUAUAAUAUACUUUUUUUUUAUAUAAAAAACACAGUAUUUCAAUUAGACUUUAAGUACGUAAUAAUCGAUUGGGAGUUUGUUACGGUUUAGGUUCAACAGUUUUGCUACUCGUCGCACAUAUUGUGGGGACUGCUGUUUAAUGUACAAUAUUAUAUUAUUAUAAUUAAUGAUAUAUGUAGUAAACUUCCUAUUAUUUUGUAGUAAAAUUGAGGUAUAUUAAAUAAUACAAAAUA